AGCACCAUCAUCGGCAUUGUUGACUACUAUCAUGUCUGAUACUGCAGUCCCUGCUGAGCAACAUAAGAAGCGUACCUUCCGUCAUUACUCCUAUAGAGGUGUUGAUCUUGAUGAUAUACUAGACUACUCCACUGAGCAGUUGAUGCCUCUAUUUAAGGCUCGUCAACGUCGUAAGUUCAGUAGAGGUAUUAAAUCUAAUCCUAUCACUCUACUUGCUAAGUUAAGGAAAGCCAAGAAGGCCACUCCUUAUGGUGAGAAGCCUGAAGCUGUUAAGACACAUAUGCGUAACAUGACUGUUGUACCAGAGAUGGUUGGUUCUGUUGUUGGUGUCUAUAAUGGUAAGAACUUCAUCAAUGUUGAAAUCAAGCCAGAUAUGAUUGGUCAUUAUUUGGGUGAAUUCUCUAUUACCUAUAAGCCUAUUAGUCAUGGUCGUGCUGGUAUGGCUGCUCGCUUCGUACCUCUUAAGUAGAUGAUAAUAGUAUCAACAACAACAACAACAAUGAUGAUGUUGAUGAUGAUAUAGGCUUGUAGUCUUUAGCGAUUUACUCGUUAGAGUAUUACUACUACUCAUUAUCUAGAUGCUGCUACUUAUACUAUC